AUGGAAGGCGCUGCACGAAAAUUUUACGAUAGCGAGUUCGAUUUAUUUAAGCAAAUCACUGAUAUAUCCGGUAAAAUAAGGCCAUUCCCAAAAGGUGAAUCCAGAAAAAAGGCCUGUUUAACUGCUCUUGCUGAAAUACAUCUGAAAACUGUGACCUAUCUGCCAUCUAAUCCAGAAGCAAUAGUUCUGGAUAUAGAUUACAAAAGUGGAACUCCGAUGCAAAGUGCUGCCAAGGCUCCAUUUCUGGCGCGAUUCAAGGUUCUUCAUUGUGGUAUCCAAAAAUUGGAACGAUUAGGAGUCGCUGCACAUCAACAGAAACACACUCUGGAAGCAGAUAUUCGAUUUCUUUCGAGAUCAGAAGAUAGUUCCAUUUGUUGGCAAGCAGCCAUCUUCAAAGUUGGUGACGAUGUGCGUCAAGAUAUGUUGGCGCUACAGCUGAUGAGCCUGAUGCGUAACAUUUUUAAUUCUGUGGGCUUGGACAUUCGCUUAUUUCCAUACAGAGUUGUAGCUACUGGACCUGGCUGUGGAGUAAUUGAAUGUGUUCCAAAUUCGAAAUCAAGAGAUCAGUUGGGACGGCAGACUGAUUUUGGGCUGUAUGAAUACUUUCUAACAACAUAUGGUGAUGAAAACACUGAAACGUUGCAACUUGCAAGGCGAAACUUCAUUCGAAGCAUGGCGGCAUACAGUGUAUUCAGUUUCUUGCUGCAGAUCAAAGAUCGACAUAAUGGAAAUAUUAUGAUUGACAGUGAUGGCCAUAUUGUCCAUAUUGAUUUUGGCUUCAUGUUUGAAAGCAGUCCAGGAGGAAAUCUUGGGUUUGAGCCAGACUUUAAACUUUCGCAAGAAAUGGUAGCAAUUAUGGGUGGCAAAAUGGAAGCUGCAAGUUUUCGAUUAUUUGCUUCGCUUUGUGUCCAAGCAUAUCUGGCUGUUCGGCCCUAUUAUAAAGCCUUUAUUGCUUUAGUAUCACUGAUGCUGGACACACAUCUUCCAUGCUUCCGUGGGAAAACAAUACAGCAGUUCCGAGAUCGUUUUGCACCACAGCUGUCUGAUCGUGAUGCAGCGAAGUAUAUGAUGAGUAUAAUACGCAAUUGUUUCUUGAACGUACGAAGCAAAAUGUACGAUCAACUGCAGUAUAUACAGAAUGAGAUACCAUAUUAA